AUGGCAUAUCGUUAUGAUAGUGAAAAAUAUUUACCUGAAUCUCCUUUAAUUCAAGUACCAUCAAUUAAUUCUACAAGACUUAAUCGUUUACCUUAUCGUUAUUCACAAUGGAAAUCUUCUAAUGUUCUUUCUCGUCGUUUAACUUCAUGUGAACAUACAUUAGUUAUGCGUUUAUUAAUGAUUAUUGAACGAAUAUGUCGAAAAAAUAAUAUAACAUAUAUGUUAAUAUAUGGAUCAUUAUUAGGUUCAUAUAGACAUCAUGAUAUUAUACCAUGGGAUGAUGAUAUUGAUUUAAUUAUACCUAUUCAAGAACAUAUUCGUUUUAUUAAUAUUAUUGAUCAAAUGAAUGAUUCAUUAGUUAAAUAUUAUGUUUUAUUAAAUAAAAAAAAAGAAGUUAAAUAUUAUAAAAUAUUUUUUAAAAAUACUCCAUCAGCUGGAGGUUAUUCAUGGAAUUUUCCAUUUAUUGAUCUUUUUAUUUAUGAUAAAAAUGAAACAUAUUUAUGGGAAAUAACUAAUCCUGAUAAUCUUAUUAAAUUAGAAUAUAUUUUUCCAUUAAUUAUGAGACCAUUUGGACAAUUAUGGUUACCUGCACCACGAUAUCCUGAAAAAAUGUUUAAUUUUGAUCCAUAUGAUCAAUGUAUUGGACAUUUUUGGGAUCAUAGAAAAGAAACAGGACAAAAAGAAAUUUCAUCCAAAUGUAUUCAUCUUAAACAUAUUUAUCCAUUUGUUCAAAGACAUAAUCAAUCAGAUUCAAUUGAAAUAUUAAAAACAAAUAAUACUAUUAUUCAUACUAUUUUUUAUAACUAA